AUCCGGUUUCCGCCUCCAGCCAGCUUCCGGAAGCUCUUCUCAAAAUGCUGAACUGCUCUUUGGAAGUCUCCGGGGCUGUAGUAGUUGGAGUCUGUUCUCGGGCCUGAGCCACGAGGCCAGGCUCCUGGGUGUCGUUAAUGUUCGGGGCCGCCGGGCGCCAACCGAUCGGAGCUCCAGCCGCCGGGAACAGCUGGCAUUUCAGUAGAACCAUGGAGGAGCUGGUUCACGACCUUGUCUCAGCCCUGGAAGAGAGCUCAGAGCAAGCACGAGGUGGUUUUGCUGAAACAGGAGACCAUUCUCGAAGUAUUUCUUGCCCUUUGAAACGCCAAGCCAGGAAAAGGAGAGGGAGGAAGCGGAGGUCUUAUAAUGUUCACCACCCGUGGGAGACUGGUCACUGCUUAAGUGAAGGCUCUGAUUCUAGUUUAGAAGAACCAAGCAAGGACUAUAGAGAAAAUCACAAUAAUAAUAAAAAAGAUCAUAGUGACUCUGAUGACCAAAUGUUAGUGGCCAAGCGCAGGCCAUCAUCAAACUUAAAUAACAAUGUUCGAGGGAAAAGACCUCUAUGGCAUGAGUCUGAUUUUGCUGUAGACAACCUGGGAAACCGAACUCUCCGCAGGAGGAGAAAGGUGAAACGAAUGGCUGUGGAUCUCCCACAGGACAUCUCUAACAAACGGACCAUGACACAGAUGCCUGAAGGUUGUAGAGACCAGGACAUGGACAAUGAUAGAGCUUACCAGUAUCAAGAAUUUACCAAGAAUAAAGUUAAAAAAAGAAAGUUGAAAAUAAUUAGACAAGGACCAAAAAUCCCAGAUGAAGGAGUAGUUUUAGAAAGUGAGGAAAUAAGCCAGACCAAUAAGGACAAAAUGGAAUAUGAAGAGCAAAAAGUCUCAGAUGAGCUCAUGAGUGAAAGUGAUUCCAGCAGUCUCAGCAGCACUGAUGCUGGUUUGUUUACCAAUGAUGAGGGAAGACAAGGUGAUGAUGAGCAGAGUGACUGGUUCUAUGAAAAGGAAUCAGGCGGAGCAUGUGGUAUCACUGGAAUUGUACCUUGGUGGGAAAAGGAAGAUCCUUCUGAACUAGACAAAAAUUUACCAGAUCCUGUCUUUGAAAGUAUCUUAACUGGUUCUUUUCCUCUUAUGUCGCAUCAAGGCAGAAGAGGUUUCCAAGCCAGACUAAGUCGCCUUCAUGGAAUGCCUUCAAAGAAUAUUAAAAAAUCUGGAGGGAAUCCAACUUCAAUGGUACCCACACCUAAUCCAGUCAAUAACAAGAGGAUGGUUCACUUUUCCCCAGAUUCUCAUCACCAUGACCAUUGGUUUAACCCUGGGGCUAGGACAGAACAUGGCCAGCAUCAGCUUCUGAGAGAUAACCGAGCUGAAAGAGGACACAAGAAAAAUUGUUCUGUGAAAACAGCUAGCAGGCAAACAAGCAUGCAUUUAGGAUCCUUAUGCACAGGAGACAUCAAAAGGAGAAGAAAAGCCGCACCUUUGCCGGGACCUACUGCUGCAGGAUUUGUAGGUGAAAACGCUCAGCCAAUUCUAGAAAACAACAUUGGAAACCGAAUGCUUCAGAAUAUGGGCUGGACACCUGGGUCGGGCCUUGGAAGAGAUGGCAAGGGGAUCUCUGAGCCAAUUCAAGCCAUGCAGAGGCCAAAAGGAUUGGGACUCGGAUUUCCUUUACCAAAAAGCACUCCUACAGCUACUACCCCCAGUUCAGGAAAAUCUGCGUAAGAAGAAAAAGCCAAGAAGAAAUGUUUUACAAUUUCUAUUCACUUAUCCCAUAGUUCUAAAAUGGCCAUAUGGUUGCUGGUUUUGAAGCAGAAAUCUACAUUGCCUCAGACUCAUCACUCUAGUUUCCUAACUGCACAUAGUCCUAACAUCGUGUUAGAAAAGGAUUUUAUCACAGUUCAUGGUGCUAAAGUGAAAACAUAAACCCUAUACAUUUUUUCAGUAAUUUCCAACUGUUUCUAAGUAUGAAGAAAAGUUCAUUUAUUUUAUUAUUCAUUUAUUAUUCAAUGCUUUCUAAUGCUUUGCUCAGUUCUUGUCUGUGCAUGAUGUCCAGGUAGAGGUGAGCACUUGCACUGUUAUCUAAAAUAAGAUAGACUAUACCAAUAAAAAAUGUGAAAAAUAAAUAGGAUAGUCCAGAAAGGAUUGUAUCUCCAAUCAUCCCAUCAGUGGAGUUCUAAGUAAAUCUCUUAACAGACUUGGCUGUUUCAUAUUCCUUGAAUUUGGCUUUCUUUUAAGAAUUUUUGACCAGUGAAACCCAUUAGUUUUCUGUCUUUUGGACAAUGCAGUAAGAAGUCCAUAGAUGACAAAGAGCGAUUAAUGUUUGCCUCAGACAUUGUGACAAAAAUAAACCUCAUCAUUGUUAUCACCAGAGUGCCCUCAACAUUACUUUAAUGCAGAUAUUAUAAAAUUUACCUUGUUUAGAACAUAAAAUAAUUAUUGAAAGAAAAAAUGUAUUUUUUAAAUUCACCAUGACUGAACUGUAAAUUCUAUUCAUCCAGACAUCUACCUCUCUCAUCCCAAAGGCUAAUAUUUUUUUAAGAUCAACUCAAGUUUAGUAAACUGAUUUUUAAAUUUAAAUCAUUGGAGUAAAUUGAAUAAAUUUAAAUAGGUCUCCCAAGAAUUUAGAUUUCUGGCAAUGGCCUUAACCUUUUUAAGACCUAAACUGUUACUUUUAGCAAAACAACUCAUUUUUAUUUUACGCCUCUUGUGGAGUUAUUUCUGAAUAAUUUGCUUCAUAGCAUCAGAGAUUCUAAAUUGCUUUUAGUUUAGAAAUGUUGAUUUGUAAUCAUCUUUAUUACUAAGGACUAAUAAUUAUUAUUAGAUGGUUUCUACAGGUUGAUUAAAGGUAGAGAUAAUCCAUAUGAAGCAACUUUCCUAAUAAGAUUCUAAAAUUUUUCAUAUUGCCAAAAAAAAAGUUUUAAAUCAGUAGAGAAGGUUUAUGCAUAUAAAAGACCUUUUUCAGGUGAUCCCUUACACAAAAUUUUGCCAAUGAGGAAGGGAAGUUCAGCCCACCAUUUGAAAGCCUUGGUGAUUUGCCAAAUAAGAAUUAUUUUUUCCUAGGGAUAUUGUAAGAGGACAGGGUGUUAAGGGAACUAUAGUUCCCUUAACACCCUGUUGAUUUGUUAACACCCUUAACACCCUGUUGACUACCAGUUGAUUUGCUCUUUUGAAACUUUCAUACUAAAUAAAAUAAUAACACUAUUGUAGGAUUACCUUCUACAAGUUUGUCAUUAGAAAUUUGCCAUUUUUUAAUGAGUUUUUCUUCUAAAUGUUCGUUUCUACUUAUUUAGUAGGAGGAAAUGAGAGAUUACAUAUAGGUCUUAAAAUUUCUUUGUAAUAGUGUUCUAAGGUCUAUUCAAAAAGUUGUUUGUUUGUUUGUUUGUUUUGUUUUGUUUUAAUACCAUUGCCUGAAAAUCUUUUAAAAUCCCAGAAUUUUCAAAAAGCCCCAUUUGGACCCACUGUUAACAAUGAGGCCAUUGCAACACUUGUGUCAAGGUCCUGGAACUUGACUGUUGUUUUUCACUUUACCUUUUUCUAAUGGAUGCAAAACCCUAAUAGUGAAGACCAGUGUAUACACCAAACUGGUAAAGUGGGACUCCUUAAUUAAAUAUUACAGUCUUUAUGAAUGCUUUUUAUUGCUGCCAUCAGAGACAGGUACAAAUCUUCUAAAGCAACUCCUUUAAGAUGUUUACUUAGCUUCUCUACUACCCGCAAAAUCCCAUCUUCAUAUUUUCCACUAACAGAAGAAAGUUAUUUUACCUAGAGCCUGUAUAUGGCUCACAGACUGCUUAACACAUUUUGUAUUCUAGUGAAGUAUUUAACUAUGCAGAAUAUACAUAUAAACACCCUAAGUAGAGAAGGAACAACACACCAAGCUAACCCCCUGUUCCUAUAGAAAUUGCCUUCACCAUUCAGUCUUUAAAAAAGAUCAGCAUAGAUCUGAUAUUCUGAUUGUACCUAAAACUAAUGGGAGAAAAGACAAUUUUUAAUAGAAAUCUAAUGGUUUUUAGAUAUGAAAUUCACUGACUUAUGUUUUAUAUGUAGUUAUAAUACUUUCAGGUAAUAUGCCCCAAAGCAUCCAAAGGAGUUAUUGAUUUAGAAUACAUCAUUCAUACCUCCUUAAAAAAAUAGUAAGAAAUUUCUGCUCCCUCAUGAAACCAUUCUUUUGUAUUUAACAGAUUCAUUAGUUGUGUUAAAAUUUUUGAGUGCAUAGGUAGGUCUCUUCACUUCUUAUCCUAUCCAAGACAGGCUGAGCAUGACCAUGUUAACAAUAUUUCUUUUUUCUUUGUAUUUUUCCUUUAUACUUGAUGUUGACCCAACUAUGUGCUAGAAUCAUUUCCUUUUUCCCUUUCUUUUCCCUAAGUACAAUUUUUCAGGCUACAUUCUUCUCAAAUUUGUUUGCUCUUAUUUGUAAGUUAUCUGGCACUUCUUUAAAAGAAAACCCUUUGCUAACUAAAAUUUGCCAAUUAUUGUCUUAGCAUUUGAACACAUAGAUUUUAUAACUCGUACUAUGGUGAUAGGCAAGUUUCAGCAGUAGGGUUGAAGAUAGGCAUGAUAAUGUGUACAUAUAGGUGUGUUUACAGUGCACAUAUGUACACAAAACAGACAUGAUUGAAAAAUAUUGCAUUUUAUUAAUAUGUUUAUUUUAAUACUAUGAAUUGGUAUUCUCCUAAUUAACUGACAGUUGCUUCUCUUCAGUACAUUUCAUCUUAUGCAGAUGUUUCAUAAAAGGCAAGAAUCACUGUUGACAUAGUUUUAAAAGCCAUUUUCACCUCUGUUUUGUUUUUCAAAAAAAAAAAGUGAUCUAAAUUGGUAUUGUAAAAUGAAGUUGUUAGUAAAGAAUGUCUUGGACUUUUUUUAGCCUUUUUUCCUUUGGCAGAAGCUAUAUUAAGGUACAACAAAGAAGUGAGAGAAUAAAACAAUGUUUUAAGAAUGUUAUUUAUAAGCAGUCAUUGUCUUUAUGCUUUAAAUGUUUCCCUCUUAACCUUAAAGUAAUAAAAAAUAAAGGUGAACAUACUUUACUGUUUUUAAAAUUA